UUUGAGGCGGAGUACCGUCGUUUUGGUCUGAAGAAGAAUGGCUCAGGGGGCUUUAAGGAGUUCUACCACCUCCUCCAGACCAUCCAUCACAUCCACGGAUUGGACAUGCUGCUGGAAUAUGCUGACAUCCACGGAGACUUGCUCCCGAUCAACAAUGAUGGAAACUUUCACAAAGCUGUCUCUUCAGCCAAUCCGCUGCUGCGCAUAAUCAUAACCAAGAGAGAGGGUGACUCUGGAGUUUAUGGCACCAACUCACUGCAAAGGCGUAAGAAAGUAAUGGGCCUAACUGGACUGCGCAACACUGGUACUGGUACCAUCAACUCUAAGAACAAAUCGGGCCUCAUGAUUGGCCCACCGCAGAACUUCAGACAGAUCUCCUCCAUCAUCGAUGUGGACAUUCUACCUGAGACCCACAGGAGGGUCCGACUCCACAAACAUGGCACCAAGAAACCUCUGGGCUUCUACAUCCGGGACGGAGUGAGUGUACGGGUGACACCACAAGGUGUAGAGAAGGUUCCCGGAGUCUUCAUAUCUCGAAUGGUGCGUGGUGGCCUUGCAGAGAGCACAGGACUCCUGGCUGUUAAUGAUGAAAUUCUGGAGGUGAACGGCAUUGAUGUAGCAGGAAAGUCUUUGGAUCAGGUUACAGACAUGAUGGUGGCCAACAGUCACAACCUCAUUGUGACGGUGAAACCAGCCAACCAGAGGAACAAUAUUGUUCCUCGAGGGAGUAAAAGCACCAUGGGGAACUCUGGUUUUGUGGACUCAGCUGGAUCUUCUAGUUCUGUCCUAUCACAUGACUCUCCGAGCCCUGCCUCUCAGAGCAACCCUAUUACCACAAGCAGCAGCAUCGCCGAGGGUGACAGUGAUGAGGAAGACGAUGACAAGGACAUAAUUCUGGAGAACGAGUGUCUGACAUCUUACAAUCCUCAUCCCCUCACAAAAAGGAACAGUGCCGACCUUAAUGGAGAGUCAACCCGCAGUGGGGGGAGACCCCUACCACAGAGUGUGUCGCUGCCCAUUAGCAUGGCAGCAUCGCUGGGUUACAGCUCCAACUACAUGUCGGGUCACAAUGGGAGCUUGACUCACAUGGCCAGCAGGAGCCAGGAUAUGAUGAAAGAUGAUGGCACUGACGAGACACUGUGACCGCUGUUACCAUAGCAACGCACACAGAAGGUCCCCCUGCCACUCUGUUACUGUGCCACCUGUUACAACAACAUGCAGACGCCCCCCCCAUCAUUUUGUUACUGUGACAGCUGUUACCAUGGCAACACAGAGAUGGCCCCCAUUAUUUUUACGGUGACAGCUGUUACCACAGCAACACACACAAGACAGCCACUCUGUCACUUUGUUACCAUGGAAACCUCUGACAACCAGUCAUAACACAACAAUGACAGACUAUACUCAGCUUUACUGGUCCGAGUUCUUCCUUUAGGGUUCACACACACACACACACACGCACACAUACACACACACACACACACAACAUCCAGUUUGUUGUGGUGAACGUUUGGAUCUGCGUGUUCAGACAUGCCCUGAUGUUCUGUAUAUAAAGAGGAAUUAUGUUUUUGUAAUUAAAAUAAAAGCUGUAUAAAGAUGAGAUUAUUGAUGUGAUGAAAGCUUUUACGUGGAGAGAGAACCAGGGAAACUACAAAAACUCCAGGAAAAAAGUCUAAAAGUGCACCUCUAAGUGUAUGAUGUGAUGACCCCGCCACAAACUGUAACUUCAUCCUUCAUCUCCAAGUCAUCUCACCC